AUGACCUCGAAAUCGAUUAUCGGAAGUCCUCGUUCAAGCUUCACAAGUAAUGGCUAUACUUCAAAAAGACCUGCCAUCUUGGGUCUUGCAAAGAUUCUAUUCUUGAGCAUCUGCCAAAUCACUUCAGUAUCUGCCGCUCCCAUUACAACCUUUCUCGGAAUUGCCAGCAAAGAGGACACGCCAAAAGAUGCAGAAGAUGCGAGUUUAUGGUUAUAUCUAUCCGUUGCGGCGGUCUUGGUCUUGCUCGGUGGUGCUUUCGCCGGUUUGACGAUUGCGUUAAUGGGACAAGAUGGUGUUUAUUUACAAGUUAUCGCGACUUCCGGAGAAGGAAAAGAACAGAGACAUGCACAAAAGGUAUAUCAAUUGUUACAAAAGGGUAAACAUUGGGUACUUGUGACCUUGCUACUCAGCAAUGUCAUCGUUAACGAAACUCUUCCUAUUGUACUUGAUCGAUCGCUUGGCGGAGGAUGGCCUGCGGUCCUUGGUAGUACAGUUCUGAUCGUUAUUUUCGGAGAAGUUAUCCCUCAAUCGAUCUGUGUGCGAUAUGGUCUUUCCAUCGGAGCAUUCAUGGCACCGCCCGUCCUUGGUCUUAUGUGGCUCUUAGCGCCUGUAGCAUGGCCGACAGCCAAACUUCUCGACAAAUUACUUGGGGAGGAUCAUGGAACCGUAUACAAGAAAUCCGGUCUCAAGACUCUCGUCACUCUACACAAAACAUUGGGAACAAGUCCUAGUGAUCGAUUAAACCAAGAUGAAGUUACAAUUAUCAGUGCAGUAUUAGAUUUGAAGGAGAAGGCAGUCGGAGAUAUCAUGACACCAAUGGAUGAUGUCUUCACCAUGAGUGCAGAUACCAUACUUGACGAAGAUACCAUGAACGUCAUUCUAAGUGCUGGUUAUUCACGUAUUCCUAUCUAUGAGCCUGGAAAUGAGAAGAACUUUGUUGGUAUGCUUCUGGUCAAGAUUCUGAUCACUUACGACCCGGAAGAUUGCAAACAUGUUAGUGACUUUGCUUUGGCUACCUUGCCGGAGACUCGACCUGAAACUAGUUGCUUGGAUAUCGUAAACUUCUUCCAAGAGGGAAAAUCCCACAUGGUACUUGUUUCGGAAUAUCCUGGUGAGAACUUUGGUGCUACAGGUGUAGUUACACUGGAAGACGUUAUUGAAGAGCUCAUUGGAGAGGAAAUUAUUGAUGAGUCGGAUGUUUACAUCGAUGUCCACAAAGCAAUUAGACGAAUGGCCCCGGCCCCCAAAUCUUCAAGAGUUAAGCCAAAUCAAGUCGUUGAACCACCGGCCAAUGGUUCCAUCCACGCCGCCGAGGACAGUCUUAUUGAUCUAUCUGAAGAACGUCCGGGUAGUUUGCAAGCUGGCAGGAGACGUAAUCAAACCGAGGUUAGAAGCGUCAGCCCCGCCAAUCAUUUCAGUACCAGUCCCAAGACGACUUUCAUGCGUAGGGUUUCAACAAGUGAUCACGAUAGAAAUGUUGUUGCCGUCAGAGGUAACAUGAAUGAUAUGCGCGAACACUUGAAACAUCUAGGUCCAUCGAAUCUUGCCAGUCGACCCAAAAUGACCAAGUACCAAUCCGUCAAAAUCAAGCCCGGAAAUGUCCUUGGUAGCAACAGGACUGAUUCAAGAGCCGACUCAAUUCCUCAUCGUGGAUCCAUCGUUGAGGAGCCUGGAUUCGAGCCAUACAUGGAUAAUUCAGGAUUCCAAGGUGGCGAAGGAGAAGGUUUACUUCGAUCAGCCGGAAAAGACGCAAAAGAUGGAGUUCAAGCUUUGCAACAAGGUUACGGCACGGUCGACAAUCGCGUUCCUUCAAGCAAGUUCGCCGAAUCGGAAACAGAAGCCAACACACCUCAAUAUGAUGGUCCAACCAGUCCACCAGCACAACCACUAUCACCUAGUAAUAACUUUUCAAUCACCAACUUCUUUAACAAGAAUAAAAGUACAGAUACAAUAGGUUCCCUCCCCUCUCCCAAGAGCGGCACUAGUCCUCCAACUCAAAAACUCAAAAAGAAGAGUACGGCUAGAAGUGGGAGUAUUACAGAGAACUUGGUAGAAGCGGGUGGCAUUAGAAAGAUGGUAUUAGAGACGAAUGCUAGUAGUGGAGAGGAUGACAAGGAUGGAAGAAUACUACAUUCGAGUAGCACUGGUAGUGGAAACAAGAGUGGAAAUACAGGCGAGAAUAAGUUUAUGCAAUUCUUAAGUAAUGCAGGAUCGACUGAUAGAUUGGCGGAUGGAAAACGCAAGAUUCAAAAGUCGAGUCAGACGGAUAACACGGCUGAAGAUGGUGCCAGCGGUUCAGGUGCUGGUGGUUCGAAAAAUAAAAAGAAGAGUAAGAAGAAGAGUAAGAAGAAGAAUGGUGGAAAGUAA